CAGGUUACUUACGGAGAAAUAAAGUCAGACGGUCUUCAGACAGACUCAUAUUACUUGUCGUGUCGCUGGUGCUCACUUCCCUGUUAGGUGUAGGGUUGCUCUUAGGGGGGAGAGGGGUUGGUGGUGCCCGUGGCCCUAUUUGAGUCUAUUUUGGAAGGUGUGCAGGAUGGCGCCAGACGAGACAGGGGAUGAACUUGUUUUCUUUGUGAAUGGUAAAAAGGUGGUGGAAAAAGAUGUGAACCCAGAAACAACUCUGCUAACCUAUCUAAGAAGAAAGUUGGGCCUAUGUGGAACCAAACUAGGCUGUGGAGAAGGCGGAUGUGGUGCUUGCACUGUUAUGAUAUCCAAGUAUGAUCCGUUUCAGAAGAAAAUCAUCCACCAUACUGCCAAUGCUUGCCUCUUCCCCAUCUGUGCCCUGCAUCAUGUAGCUGUAACUACUGUUGAAGGCAUAGGAAACACAAAAUCCAGAUUGCAUCCAGUCCAGGAGAGAAUAGCAAAAAGUCAUGGGUCCCAGUGUGGCUUUUGCACUCCAGGCAUUGUCAUGUCCAUGUACACAUUGCUUCGGAACAAACCUGAACCCAACAUGGAAGACAUAGAAGAUGCUUUCCAAGGAAACUUGUGUCGGUGUACAGGAUACAGACCCAUUCUGGAGGGAUACAGGACAUUUGCUAAAAACUGCUUUUGUCCCCACAGAACUUCGAGUUGCUGUGGCAGAGCAACCCAUGGCACAGGAUGCUGUCGUAGUAAGAGGGAAAACAGCAUGAAUGGGAGUUGUUGUGGAGGAAAAGCCAAUGGUCCAGGCUGCUGCAUGAAUGAAAAAGAGGACAACAUGACAAUGAUGUCUUCCAGCCUGUUCAAUGCUUCUGAGUUCCAGCCAUUGGAUCCUACACAGGAACCAAUCUUCCCACCAGAGUUAAUGAGUCAGAAAAACAAACAGCAGAAGCAGCUGUGUUUCAAAGGUGAACGUGUAAUGUGGAUCCAGCCUACGACUCUCCAGGAACUGGUGGCCCUCAAAUCCCAAUACCCCAAUGCCAAGCUUGUUGUGGGAAACACGGAAGUGGGUGUUGAGAUAAGGUUAAAGAACAUGUUGUAUCCAGUGAUAAUAGCACCAACAUGGAUCGCUGAAAUGAACGCUGUUCAACAUACUGAAACAGGGGUCACCUUUGGCGCUGCCUGUACUCUAAGCUCAGUAGAAGAGGUGCUGAGAAAAGCAGUUGCAGAGCUUCCUUCUUACAAAACAGAGGUCUUCAAGGCUGCCCUUGAACAGCUACGGUGGUUUGCAGGGCCACAGAUCAGGAAUGUUGCAGCUCUUGGAGGGAACAUAAUGACAGCAAGCCCAAUCUCUGACUUAAAUCCUGUGUUAAUGGCAAGUGGAAGCAAACUGACCCUGGUAUCAAAUGAAGGCAAAAGGACUGUCACGAUGGAUGAAAAUUUUUUCACUGGAUACAGAAAGACAAUAGUGAAGCCUGAGGAAAUACUUCUCUCUGUUGAAAUACCCUACAGCAGGGAGGGUGAAUACUUCUCAGCUUUCAAGCAGGCUUACCGUCGAGAGGAUGACAUUGCCAUUGUGACCUGUGGGAUGAGAGUCCUGUUCCAAGCUGGCACUAACCGAGUGGAGGACGUUAAACUAAGCUAUGGAGGAAUGGCUCCUACAACAGUCCUGGCACUAAAAACUUGCAAAGAGCUCAUUGGCAGAGACUGGAAUGAGAAGCUGCUGCAGGAUGCCUGCCGCUUGCUGGCAGGUGAAAUGGACCUGUCACCCUCUGCACCUGGUGGGAUGGUGGACUUCCGACGCACGCUCACACUUAGUUUCUUCUUCAAAUUCUACCUGACUGUCCUUCUGAAACUGAGCAAGCACCACAAUGGCCCUAACAAUCUGUGUGAGCCUGUCCCCUCAAACUACAUCAGCGCUACAGAGCUGUUUCACAAAGAUCCCAUUGCAAAUGCCCAACUCUUCCAAGAAGUGCCAAAGGGGCAGGCAGCUGAAGAUAUGGUGGGCCGGCCUUUGAUGCACGUCUCAGCAGACAAACAAGCUUGUGGAGAGGCUGUGUACUGCGAUGAUAUCCCUCACUUUGAGAAUGAGCUGUACCUAACGCUGGUGACUAGCACCAAGGCCCACGCUAAAAUCAUCUCUAUAGAUGCAUCUGAAGCCCAGAGCGUUCCUGGGUUUGUGUGUUUUGUCUCCGCUAAAGAUAUUCCUGGCAGUAACAUCACAGGCAUCGCUAAUGAUGAGACUGUCUUUGCUGAGGAUGUGGUCACUUGUGUUGGUCAUAUCAUUGGUGCAGUUCUUGCAGACACACAAGAACAUUCCAGAAGAGCAGCUAAAGCUGUGAAGAUUAAGUAUGAAGAGCUCAAACCUAUUGUCACAAUUCAGGAAGCUAUUGAGAACCAAUCCUUUUUUAAGUCUAUAAAGAAGAUUAUUAAGGGAGAUGUGAAGAAAGGGUUUGAAGAAUCUGAUCACAUUUUGGAAGGAGAGAUGUACAUUGGUGGACAAGAGCACUUCUACCUGGAAACACACUGUACUGUGGCUGUGCCAAAGGGAGAAGGUGGUGAGAUGGAACUCUUCGUGUCAACCCAAAACUUAAUGAAGACACAGGAAUUUGUUGCUAGUGCACUGGGAGUCCCAUCAAAUAGGAUUGUGGUUCGAGUGAAAAGAAUGGGAGGAGGAUUUGGAGGAAAAGAGACUAGAAGUACCAUUUUGACAACUGCAGUGUCUGUGGCAGCCUUCAAAAUUGGACGCCCAGUAAGAUGCAUGCUGGAUCGAGAUGAGGACAUGCUUAUAAGUGGUGGGAGGCAUCCCUUCCUCGGAAGGUACAAGGUUGGUUUCAUGAAAAACGGGAAAGUGAAGAGUCUGGAGGUGUCAUACUACAGCAACGGGGGCAACUCUGCAGACCUCUCUUAUGGUGUUAUGGAUAGAGCCCUGUUUCAUCUGGAUAACUCCUACAACAUCCCCAAUGUUAGCAGCAUGGGCACUGUCUGCAAGACCAACUUGUCUUCCAACACAGCCUUCCGUGGCUUUGGAGGCCCCCAAGGAAUGAUGGUUGCUGAGUGCUGGAUGAGUGAUAUUGCUCAGAAGUGUGGCCUACCACCUGAGGAGGUACGGAAGCUCAAUCUUUACAACGAAGGAGACCUCACUCAUUUUAACCAAAAGCUGGAGGGAUUUACUCUACAGAGAUGCUGGGAUGAGUGUUUAUCAAGCUCUAGCUUUCAUGCCAGGAAGAAACUAAUUGAAGAAUUCAACAAGCAGAAUCGCUGGAAGAAAAGAGGAAUGUGCAUUAUUCCUACCAAAUUUGGCAUCAGCUUCACUGUCCCAUUUCUGAACCAGGCUGGAGCUCUGGUCCAUGUAUAUACAGACGGCUCUGUGUUAGUUACACACGGUGGGACUGAGAUGGGUCAAGGACUUCACACCAAAAUGAUCCAGGUUGCUAGCAGGUCACUGGGAAUCCCCACCUCCAAAAUUUACAUCAGUGAGACCAGCACAAAUACUGUCCCAAAUACCUCUCCAACAGCUGCAUCUGUCAGCGCAGACAUCAACGGAAUGGCUGUCCAUAAUGCAUGUCAGACCAUCUUAAAACGACUUGAUCCAAUCAAACAGUCUAAUCCCAAAGGAUCCUGGGAAGACUGGAUUAAAACCGCCUAUGAGGACUGUGUUAGCCUGUCAGCCACGGGGUUUUAUAGAAUUCCUGACCUUGGCUACGAUUUUGAGAAGAAUGAAGGGAAACCAUUCUGCUACUUCAGUUAUGGCGUUGCGUGCUCCGAGGUUGAGAUAGAUUGCCUGACAGGUGACCACAAGAACGUUCGCACAGACAUUGUCAUGGAUGUUGGCACCAGUCUCAACCCAGCCAUAGAUAUAGGACAGAUAGAAGGAGCGUUUGUCCAAGGACUUGGGCUCUUCACCAUGGAGGAGUUACGCUAUUCCCCAGAAGGGAACUUGUACACACGAGGGCCUGGAGCGUACAAAAUCCCUGCGUUUGGAGACAUCCCAACAGAAUUCUAUGUGUCACUUCUCCGUGACUGUCCAAACAGCAAAGCAGUUUAUUCAUCCAAGGCUGUGGGAGAGCCACCUCUGUUCCUGUCUGCCUCAGUGUUUUAUGCCAUUAAAGAUGCCAUCUACUCAGCAAGGAAGGAGUCCGGCCUGACUGAACCAUUCCGGCUGGACAGCCCUGCCACCCCAGAGAGGAUCCGCAAUGCUUGUGUGGACAUCUUCACGAAAAUGUGUCCUUCUGCUGAGCCAGGGACCUUUAAACCAUGGUCUGUGCGUGUGUAAAUGGAGAGUCUGAGGAGCAAACUCUCCUCGUGAAACUGCCCUGUGGUCCCUCCAUUGUAAACCCAGUAGGACUAUAAUGAGAAAAAAAGAAUCGGCGCUCAUGUGGCUCAUCUAUUUUGAUUCAUAGAGCUUUCACGUUUAAUUGUUCAAUCAUUGUUUCCUCUAGGAGAGAGGAUUGCUGCCAGAUUAUAGCUGUGAUUUUUUUUUUUUUUUUUUACUGUGGGGAAAAGAAUACACCUUCUGCUGUAAUGCCAGGAAGGACUUAAAUGCAUCGAACCCCCCCAAAAAAAAAACAGUCCUCUUGCGGACAUGGGGAAAGGCAUUAGGGGCACUGAGGGCUGGACCCUAUCAUGUUGCCUCAGCACACACAGCUAGCUAUAUAUCGGAGGAAUUUUGACAUUAGCUAACUGUGGAGAAGGUCUUACAUGUGUAGUGGCCAUCGUUCAGAGGGCAACCCUGAAAUGUGACCGAUAGCUGAUUUAUCCUGUUAUACGAGGAUUGCUUUGUCUACAACAGGUCUUUAAUGAUUUUUUAGUUCAUGUGCUGCCUUAUCUUCUCCAGUUGAAGACAAAAAUGAGAGAUACCAAGACUUCCAGCAAGAUGCUUACUCAUUCACGUGUUCAGCCUUUUUCCUCUACAUCUUUCCCUCAUCUUUUUAAAUAGCUGAGGAAGAACUUUGAAGUAACAAGAAGUUACUGACCAUUGUUCCCAAGGCAAUUUAUACCACCCUGGGUGAGGGAACAGGACAAGAAUGGACAAAGAUGUGGGAUUAGUUGGCUCUGUGUUUCCUCUAGGAAUAAAUUCCUUGCUUUCAUGCUAUGGUCUUGCUGCCUUUUCAAGAAAACUCUUAGUUUUGCUGAAUGUACUGGAAUUGGGUGUAUUGCUACAUGGAUUGCUUGUCCAAAAAUGUGCUAAUGAUGUGAUGACCUCUUGUCUUUUGAGUUCAAUGUGUUUUUAAUGUUGGAUUGAAGUCUGGGCAUCCUUCUUCACAGGUUUUGUUACUGUCAGUAACACAGUGGCAUCAUGUUUUCUCUAGCUGAUGCCAUCCGUGUACUGUAACUGCUCAUCACAUGCAAACUUCUAUCUAUUUCUCUGGCCCACAGCUCUAUGAAAAUGUCCUUUUUUUUUUUUAUUCUAGCACUCCUAGGGACAACAAAAAUAUGAGGCAAUAGGAUAUAACUUCAUUGUCUUAAAGGAAAUUUUGCUUACAUACAUCCUGCUUAAUAUUGGCUGCCAUCUUAGGACUUAACAAUGUAUACAGAGUUUGAAAUAUUUUUUGAAGCACUCCAGGGCAUACAGUUUGGAAAUAUGUAUAAUAUUUCAAGCUGAGAAUUACAUCUAGUUCUACCAUCUGGAAAAAGAGCAUUUUUAUAUUCCAAGUUACAGGAAGUAUUUUGUGCCUGCUGAACUUGGUAUCUAAUUGUUUUAUUAAUUAAAAUAGAUUAUGGGUGUUUCUCUACUGAUCGGGUAGUGGGUGAGAACACAUUCUUGUUUUAUUCUGAAAGCUGGCAAUACAUUAAAAAAAAAAAAAAAAAAAAAAGCAAGCAAGAACUCUUAGAAAAGGAAAAAAAAAAAGUAAUCACUUGUGUGCCAGAACAGCUAGCUAUUGGAGUCUGUGUAUUCAUUGUCUUUGUCCAGGAAGGGAUGCAAAAUACCAAGUCUGUGAGGUAGAUGGGCAUCAGCACUCUCUGCAUUGUUCCACCUCACGAGAUUGUUGGAUGCGCUCAUUCUACCCAGAACAAAAAGGGACUGUAAAGUGUGUUAAUGCAGAACAUGGCAAGUUAGAGGCAAAGAGUGUGACACCGGUGAGCUUCCAGCAUCAUUUAAGUGUUCACAAAGAGUCACUGACAGGGAGCACAUCCCCUGUGACGGGAUGUCACCCAGCAGGAUGAAUGUGCUGUUUAUCUGCUGUGGUUCUGGCAGCACCUUUUUCAUGAUUUCAGAACGGGUUUGUGGUAUCUCACACAGCCACGCUGACUGCCUAGUCAGCUGAAAUUCUUUAAUGAUUUAUGUAGUUUCACUUUUGUUAUUCAUUUCAUGCAUUAAUCCAAUGUAUAUUUGCCAAGUUAUGUAUUUAUGCAGUGGUCAAAGCAAGCUAGUUCAGUGCAGGCCUUAGCCUGUGGAGCAGUUCUGCUGCAAUAUCUGUGAUCCACAGUUUCAGGUACCAGUCUUUGCUCUCAGGCCCACCUGAGCUUAGGGCCCGCUUAUUUUACCCUUCCAUGGCUGCUGGCUGUCAGGAGGAAGAAACGUCUUCCUUUUUGAAGACACUGGAAUGGAAAGGAGAUGAUAUCAGACACCAGUUGGGGAGUGGUAUAAAAUUAAGGUUACAAAAUAAUCUACAGAAACUGGUUUUGAGGGUAAGGUUGGAAACCAGUGGGAAUUUACAGAGAUCAACCGGGGUGGGCUAUGUGAGCACUGAGGACCCUAAAGAAUAUGAAGCUGAGAUUUUCAUUUAAUUUUUCUGAUAGUGUCUUAACAUUUCAUACAUUGCUUUUCCAUGGAACUAAGUGUCAGAUAACCCCAGGGAAGGACUGGAUCCCUUUGUGUAGGGCUGCAAGGAAGAGAUAAUACUGACAAAGAAUAGUCCAACUUAAAAUGUGGUCUGUGCUACUAAACUGAGAACAACUCUAUUUUUAGUGCACAUUAUUGUCCUCUGAUAGAUGCUCUGUCAGAUUUCUUGAUGCACAUCUCUCUGCAUAGGAUUUCAGCUUGCAGUUGUUGAUGGGAAAUCUUCUAAAGAUAAAAUACUUCUUUCCUAGUACUUUUCAGUGAAAAAUAGUAUGGAUGCCUGGCUAAUGUUAUGUAUAAUUGGAAAUCUGCCCUGCUUCUCUCCUUCCAGAACUGUAUCCUUGGGAGAUGAACCAUCUUGUUAGACUGUAAAUUGUAAUGUGCAAUAACAACAUUUAAGUAAUCAUUGCAGUAGCUUGAUAGUUUGUGGAAGGGCUAAAGGAGGUCAUCGGAUCUGAUGUCUUAAAUAACAUUAAUUGCACAUCCCACUAAAAGAGAUGAAAGCUGAUCUUCAGUAAUUGUUUAAGCUCUAUUAUAAUUGGCAGCUUUCACUAUCAUUCUUCAAUGAACAUAGUCAAAUUGGUAUCUCUGUCACAUGAAUGUGUGUGGAAUUUUCUGUGAAUGUCACAACAUUACAAAAUAAAACUAAAAAAUAUCCUG